UUUCCUUUCUUCAGUUUGAAGAGCUUGUUUUUUUCGUACUGAAAUUCACUUUUUGUUCUAGAAACGGACAAGAGUUCACACAUCAUGGAAAUCCAAACUAUCUUGUUUUUAAUUCUAAAUGCGCACACAUGCACUGCCAUCUUUAACGUUAGUGCUGAAUACAGUUUAGCUGAUACUACAGAAACUGUUAAUCCAGUUUAUCCACCGGAUCAUGAGAAACCCAGAACAGCCCCAUCUGGACGCAGUUUUGCUGUUAAUCGUGCCUAUAAAACCCAAACCGAUGAGCCGAUUGACUACAAUAUGGAUGAGACAUUACCCAACUCUUCCUCGAGUUCAAAUAAAACCCGUGAAGAGAUCGUUUUUUUAAGUUUUGCUGGACGCGGCCGCCCCGAGGUGUCUCGGUCUAACUAUAAAGGUGCACAUCCGUGUAACGUCACUGAUCUGAAUGCUACAAAAUGCAACCGGACCACAUUCCUGGAGAUAUUCAGCAUCUCAGACGAGGCUGUUCUCUUCCUCAAAGGCUUGAUGGUCACACGCGUCAUGCCCUCGUUCUACAUCUUCAUCAUCCUCAUUAGUUUGCCCCUGAACGCUUUGGCCUUGGUGACGUUCACCUGUAGGAUUCGAGAGAAGAAACCAGCUGUGAUCUACAUGUCUCACCUGGCGUGUGCGGACCUGCUCUUCACCCUGCUGCUGCCUCUGAAGAUCCACUACCAGCUGAACGCUUCAGAUUGGGUGUUCGGUGAGGCGGCGUGUCGUGUGCUCAGUGCUGCUUACUACUGCUACAUGUACUGCUCCAUACUGCUAAUGAUGUGCAUGAGUGUGGACAGACUGCUGGCCGUGGCGCUUCCCAUCGCCUCUCUAACCUGGAGGAGUGCAAGGAAAGCCACGUGUGUGUGUGUGCUGGUCUGGCUGCUGGCGCUCGCUGGGACGGUGCCACUUCUCUCAAUAACACAAACGGUCAAGAUUAAGGAUGUGGGCGUCACUUGCCACGACGCGCUUUUCCAUGACGACCCUACAGAUCAGCUAUACAUGUACCUGUUCUCCAUCCUCUCCUGCCUCUACUACUUUGUGCCACUCAUUGUCACCUUAGUGAGCUACUUUACCAUAAUAUAUGUGCUCAGUGGCAAGUCUCAUCGCUUAGCAAAAUCUUCAUCAUCUUCAGACAAACGAAGGAGAGCUGUGAUUACGGUUAUCACCGUGCUGAUGGAGUUUGUGGUGUGUUUCGCACCAACCAAUGGCAUCUUGUUGUAUCACUGUGUUCGUUUAGCUACUGGAGGAAACAGUGGGGAGGGAGAUUCAUCAUAUGCUGCUUACCUGUUGGCUGUGUGUUUGGGGAGCGCAAGUGUUUUCCUGGACCCUCUACUGUACUACUACGGCUCGUCUCAGUGCAGACAGCAGAUCAGCUCUGUGUUUUGGUGUAGAAGAGCAAAAACUAAACUAUCAAAAACAAACACUCAGACAGGAUCCUCUUUCGUGAGUUGUGAGUAUAGUCGGGCUAGUGUUAGUGUAAAGACUUGAGUUAUUCAGAAAAUUGU